UUCUUCCUGUCAUCUUUAAAAAUAAAUAAUAAAAGAGUUUCUUUUUAUUUAUAUAUAUAUUUUUAUUAUUUUGUAAUUAUUAUUUCUGGGUCUGUUUUCUUCUCCCAAAACAUCACCACUUCCAGCUCACCCGCUUAGAUCGGAUCCACUUCUUCCCCAAACCUUUAAUUUCUUUCUUUCUUCUUAUUCUUCUUCUUCUUCUUCCUUCUCUCGGUAUCCCCAUCUCUCAAAAACUCCACUUCGAUCAUCCCUAGUCAAAAAUCUUCAUCAAAACCAACAUUCAAAUAAAAAAUUCCCGCAUUUGCAUAACCAAUUCGGUUUUUCUCUUGUCCAACGCAAACUCGUUUAGAAAAACUUCAAAACAAAGCCAUUGCAUGUGGGUUUCUGCUUCAUAAUGUCUCUGAAACUUGGUUGUUUCAAUUACGGUGAAGGGGGAGAAAGAAGGGGAGAGAAAAAGUGAGAGGGAGAGACACAGGGAAAAACUUAAACCUGGAUGGGAAAUGUAACGUCGAGUGUGGCCGCGAAGUUCGCUUUCUUUCCGCCGGACCCGCCGACGUACGAUGUAUGCAGAGAAGAAGAAGGGAGGCUGGUAUUUUCCGGAGUGACGGCAGACAAAAACAUGGACGUUCAUUUGCUAGACACCAGAGGUGGCAACAAGGUUGUCGCAACUUUUUGGAAGCACCCUUUUGCGAGAUUCACCCUCUUGUAUUCUCAUGGCAAUGCGGCUGAUUUAGGCCAGAUGGUUGAGCUCUUCAUUGAGCUCAGAGCUCAUCUCCGUGUCAACAUCAUGAGUUAUGAUUAUUCGGGUUAUGGAGCAUCUACCGGUAAGCCAUCGGAGUUCAACACGUACUACGACAUAGAGGCUGUGUACAAUUGCUUGAAGAGAGAAUAUGGAAUUAAACAGGAGGAGUUGAUUUUAUAUGGCCAAUCUGUUGGAAGUGGACCCACGUUACACCUUGCUUCUCGUUUACAGAGGCUACGAGGAGUUGUUCUUCAUAGUGCCAUCCUUUCCGGAAUAAGGGUCUUGUAUCCAGUCAAGAUGACAUUUUGGUUUGAUAUUUUCAAAAAUAUAGACAAAAUUCGGCAUGUCAACUGUCCAGUUCUUGUUAUACAUGGUACAGCCGAUGACAUUGUAGACUGGUCACACGGGAAACGCCUGUGGGAACUUUCAAAAGAAAAGUAUGACCCUUUAUGGGUCAAGGGUGGAGGUCAUUGCAACCUUGAAACUUAUCCCGAGUACAUCAAACACUUGCGCAAGUUCAUAAACGCGAUGGAGAAGCUUUCUCUCACCAAUCCAUCAAAACAACUUACUUCUAAGCCGAGUUUUACAGAAUUUAGACACAACAAGUGCUUGAGAUUUGGAAAAAAAGUUGCUGGCCAAGAUAAGAUAGUAGUGAAUCAAAACAGGUAGUUUGUUUGUUGCUGUGAUGAGAUUGACUCCGAGUAUACAGACCUGUUCACAUGCUUUCAGAGCUUUCACGGUUCCGGUCAUUAGCAGCCAAGCUUUUGUCAGGUUUGGUAAAUGCUUCUCCAGAUUGUGAACUGAUCGGGAACCGGUUUAAAACUUUAUAAUCUGUUUGAUCCAGAUCCUGGUUGGGUAACCAUUUUUGAGGUAGCGAGCUCAUGUAAUGUACUUUUUUUUUUUUUCUUACCUCGGGUCGAGAUGCGAUUCAUCAGAAAGUUGAUUGCAAAUAUGGUUGUUGAUCUAGCAUUGAUGUAUAAUUUAGCAAGGUUGGUCUGAUGUAAAAAAAAAAAAAAAAAAAUCCUGUAAUCACCAUUAUCAGAAAGGAAGAGAAUACUAGUGUAAUAUCUGAGUUAAGUUUCUUCCAAAUUGACAUUCAAGUUUUGAUA